CCACGGAGCACUCAUUUUCCCUCACUUACGACGGUCAUGUUGCGACUCGUGAAGCCAUCCAUCCAUGUGGCCAACCGCGCCCGAUGGGCCUUGGUGAAGCGAGCUCCUUUUUCUAGUCUCCCUGAAGGAGUCACCAGACUCGUCAUGCCGGCACUCUCGCCCACGAUGGAGUCUGGUACGAUUGCUGCAUGGCUCAAAAAGGAGGGUGAGGUUGCGUCUGCGGGUGACGUACUGUGUCAAGUCGAAACGGACAAGGCCGUUGUCGACUACGAAAUGCAAGAUGAUGCAGUGCUGGCCAAGAUCCUUGUCCAGCCAGGCACCGCUGUGGAUGUGGGCACGCUCUUGGCUUUCACAGUCGACGACGAAGAGACCUACCAGGCCCUCGUUUCGUCUGGCGACCUCAACAAGUUGACCACCGACGCCAUCGUCGCGCCUUCCGCUCCUACCACUGAAGCAGCAGCUCCAGUAACUGCCGCUCCGGCCGCGGACCAUGCCGACACCCACCGUGUGCCGCGCAUCCAUUUCCUUGGCAAGCGGUCGUUGUUGCCUGCCGACCACCACGCGGUCGCAGUUAAGGCAGCCCCUGCUCAAGCACCUGCCGCUGCUGCGCCAGUGGCCAAGUCGGCUCCCGUUGCGCCGGCAGUUGCGUCAGAUGGCGAUUUCACGGACUUGCCGCUUUCCAACAUGCGCAAGAUCAUCGCGAAACGCCUGACGGCGUCCAAGGUCACAGUGCCCCACGCGUAUGCGUCCAUCGACUGCGAGAUCGACGCCAUCAUGACCCUUCGCGCGCGUCUGAAGAAGCAGCACGGCGUCGCAGUGUCCUUGAACGACUUCUUGCUUAAGGCGGUCGCGUCGGCGCUGCGUGACGUACCGGAAGCCAACUGCGGAUGGGACGCCGCGACCCACUCGAUCGUCCCGAAUGCGUCCGUGGACAUCUCCGUCGCAGUCGCCACCGACAGCGGUCUCAUCACGCCCAUCGUGCCCAAAGUGCAAGCGCUCGGUCUGACCUCGAUCAACUCGACGUUCAAGGAGCUCGUGGCCCGCGCCCGGGCCAACAAGCUCAAACCCGAGGAAUUCCAAGGCGGGAGCUUCACCGUGUCCAACUUGGGCGGGUUCGGCGUGGACAACUUCACCGCUGUGAUCAACCCACCGCAAGCAUGCAUCAUGGCCGUCGGCCGUGGCCGCGCCGAGUUGGUCGUGCCCACCGACGAGACUCUGCCGCCACGCAAGGUCACGCUGCUGAAUGUGACCAUCUCGUCCGACCGACGUGUCGUCGAUGACGUCAUCGCCGGCCAGUUCCUGCAAGCGUUCAAGAAGUACAUGGAAGAGCCCGACUUGAUGCUGCUGUAAUACCGCCUUGUCCAUAAAAUCUGAGUUUCAAAAUAGUGCUGAAUAUUGCAAAGCUACGUUCAAAAUAGACCAUUAUUUUGUUCAUUCGAACAUAGAAGUAUAUUUUGGG